GCCGCUUUGGCGAAUUUCAUGCAGCUUCUUUAAAGCCAUAUACGAUAGAUAUACGAUGGUUUUAUCGAAGAAAGCUCGAUUUCCAUGGUUGGUCACAACGAGACAUUCUACUACCGUGCCAAUUUCGAAGCUGAUCAUGUCCCACCCAGGGUGUUGGGCCGUUUUCCUUCCUCCGCUCUUUCCUCCACGCUUUUCGAUGGUAGAAUCAAGUAAGGAGACGGCGACAGCAGCACAACGACAACAGCAGCAGCCUCCACCGACCACAGACGCUUUACGGUCCUUCCAUUUACGAGUACUUUUUCCUCAAAUAUUAUCUCUUCCGAAAAAUGACCCCAAACGAAUCAAUGCACCACCACGAAUUACUCGUUCCGCUGCCAUCGAUUCAGAGCUCUAUACCUACAUUGCGCUUUUAGUCCGGGACUUCAUCCACCCUUGGUAUCGUGUAGUUACCAACGACCAGGAUUUCUGUGCGGAAAUCGUACGCAUUUUUACUCUUAUUAUACGCCAGCUGGAAGAUCGUUUUUGCAAUCAAGUAGACUGGACAGAGCUGAUUUUGAUCAGUGCAGCUAACCUUGUAACGAUACACUAUCAUGACUAUCGCCAAGCCAAGAUACGACUGCAUAUGAGCCACGCCGGAAGCACAGUCUCGUUGGAAACCUUAUUUCAUGGAUCGCAACCGCAUUUUGCACUUCAGAGGGAACGUUCUCCCCAGCAACAGACUGAGUACCUACGAGCACUGACUGAUGAGAUCCUAAAGGUGCUACUCGAUCCAGCGGAUUACAACAGCGAUUGUGUUCGGCACGUUGUUCGUGAGUUGUUAGCAAACUUGGUUCUUGCCAAUAUUAUUGAAGGACUGGCAGAUCCGUAUAUUAUUCAUCUAAUUAUUUGUAAACUCCUCGAUUCGUAUACCCCACUUGUUGAAGAACUAGAGGCUUCAAACCAAUUUACCACUACACCACCACAACCGCCACAGCCACAGCCAGAACCGAGUGCUAAGCCGGACAAGCAGCCAUUAAAAAAGCAGUUGGAAGAAGCACAAGCUACGGAGCUGACAGAAUCCUCUCCAGUAGCAUCCGUUACCAGUCCGAAGAAAGAAAGCUUACCUAGCCACAUGCAACGCCUACAAGAAAAACGGAGGCAAGAAGGCGAUGAAUUGAUGGAUGCGGGGCGUGAAGAGCUAGAUGCAGCGCGUAAGCAUGAACGUCAGCGGUUCUCAUUUAUCUAUAUUACACUGCAAGUAAUACUGUCACCCAUCCGUGCCCUGUGGCUUUAUAUUAUGGCUGCAUUAACGCAUUCACAAGAGCGGUAUCAGCAAGUGGCAAAACAUACAAAACGAACUCGUCAUGUCCGGCUUUUGGAGCCGUGGAUGUACUUUGUACGUGUCGCCUUCCUCGUAGAUGAUAGGCCGGUGCUACAGUGGAUGUGGUACAUGGCGGGUAUGUUUUUGUGGCCCUUGGUACGAGUACUCGGUGGGGGCUUGCUCGUGGAUAAGUUUCUGGAACAGGCUAUUCUAUAUAUUCUCAGCGAAGACAAUCUUGUAUACUACCUACAGCUCGGGCGGUAUUUGCUAUGGCCUAACGGCACAUUCCUUCGAAAAGGCGAACCUGUCAGUGAUGAAGAAAAGGAACAGCUACGGAUAAGAGCGGAAAGACUACUGACAGUAUCGUUCCCAGGUAACAGAAGAGAUUCUUUAUCAUGAAAACAUUGUAACAUGUGUCGAUACUUAUCGAUUUGAGAUAGAAACCUUGGGGAAGAUGCUGUUUGAAGCGGAUGAUCUGGAUCAGCUGCAAUUUCAUAUCCACAACGCACUUGAACCAUUACAAAACCAAUAUAUCAACAGACACCUCAUGUUCUUGCUCGUAGACCUUGUCGCAUCCAAGAUACUACCAGAACUUGUAGAAGAUUAAUGUAAUAUGUAUACAUGUAUGAUACCUUGUGAGUGUUUCUAUUGUCGCUGUGUCUGAGCUGGAUACUCGGUUAUUUGGUAUGCGAGUUAUACAAUAAUGUUAUCCAAUUGGACCUUGGUAUUUAUUGGUGGUCAUUUAUUAUCAUAACCUAAACUGUAAAAGGGCCAUGACAACUUGAAAAAAAUAAUAAUAUGAAAC